CGGUCACGUGAUUGGGACGAGGGGGUGUUGCCGUCUGCACCAAUCAGGAGCGAGCUGGCGGUGGCGACCCCGACAUGGCGGCGGCUGCAGCGGCGGUGGGCUCGAUGGCCAAGGCGUGCGUGGGGUGGCUGGCCAGGGCGGCAGGGUGGCGCAGUGGCGGCGCCAGUCUCCGCUGCUGCAGGGCCCUGUCGUCCGGAGCACCACACCCGCACCAUGACGGCGCGGCCACUCUUGUGCAGGGCCCGCUGCAGAGCCUGAACGAGGAGGAGGCCAUGAUGAGAGAUGCGGUUGCCAAGUUUGCUCGGGAUAAGUUGGCGCCCAUCGUGGCGGAGAUGGAUCGCGCGUCUGUCAUGCACCAGGGGGUCAUCGACGGCCUCUUUGAGCAAGGGCUGAUGGGUAUUGAGAUCGACGUGGCGUUGGGUGGCGCGGGCUCAACGUUCUUCGCGUCGGUGCUGGCCGUGGAGGAGCUGGCGAGGGUCGACCCCUCGGUCGCCGUGCUGUGCGACAUCCAGAACACGCUCAUCAACACCAUGGUGCGCAAGCUGGGGACCACGGAGCAGCAGGGACACUACCUCCCGCGGCUCGCCCGCGACACGGUUGGGAGCUUCUGCCUGUCGGAGGAGGGCUCGGGCAGCGAUGCAUUUGCGAUGAAGACGCGGGCGGAGAAACGCGGAGAUCACUUCCUCCUCAACGGCACCAAGAUGUGGAUCAGCAACGCGGAGCACGCGGGGCUCUUCCUCGUCAUGGCCAACGCCGCGCCAGAGAGGGGCUACAAGGGCAUCACGUGCUUUAUGGUGGAGCGCGGCACGCCGGGCCUGCAGGUCGGCAAGAAAGAGGACAAGCUGGGCAUCCGCGCCUCCUCCACCUGCCCUGUGCACUUCGAAAACGUCAAGGUUCCGCUGAGCGCCGUGCUGGGCCAGGAGGGACAAGGGUACAAGUACGCCAUCGGUAUGCUUAACGAGGGCCGCAUCGGCAUCGCCGCGCAGAUGGUGGGGCUCUCCCAGGGCUGCUUCGACCACGCCGUCGCCUACACCAAGCAGCGCAAGCAGUUCGGCCAGCGCAUCUACGACUUCCAGGGCAUGCAGCACCAGAUCGCCCACGUGGCGACACAGAUCGAAGCGGCACGGCUGCUCACGUACAACGCGGCGCGGCUACGAGAGGCCGGCCUGCCCUUCCUCACGCAGGCCUGCAUGGCCAAGUACUUCACCUCUGAGGUGGCAUCUUUGACGACGUCAAAGUGCAUGGAGUGGAUGGGAGGAGUGGGGUUCACUACCAGCUACCCCAUCGAGAAGUACUACCGGGACUGCAAAGUCGGCACCAUUUACGAAGGAACCUCCAACAUACAGCUCUCCACAAUCGCAAAGUUCAUGGAUCAGUGACCGUGAGCGAUGUAUAUAUUGUGUCUUGAAAAAUAUAAAAAAAUCAAUGAAAAAUGCUAAAUGUGUUUUUGUACGAAAUUAUGCUAAUUUAAUUAGGCUUGGCUUUGUUGUCUAGGGGUGUAUUACCUAUUGUGAUAAUACAAUUAAAAAUAUGUAAUUUAUGAAAGUAUGCAAUUAUGAUAAUUAGGCUCGGCUUCGUUGUCUAGGGUUGUUUGUCAAUCGUGAUAAUACAAUGAGUCUCGCUUUAACUUUUACUGAUUAUAUUUGAGUGUGUUUAUGUCAGGUCUCAGAUUUCAGAUCUCACCGCAGGAUACAGUUCUUAUAAUUAAGAUUAUUAUGCAUCAACUUAGGAAAUAAUCACUCCGAGUUUUGUGUUAAGCAAUUUUAAUAUCUAAAAACACUCUAAUAUGCGAACACUUUAUGCUCGCAAUUGUCAACACAGUACUCGUGGAGAUGUCCUACUCAUUAAUCCGCACAAUUAACCCUCAAAGGUUAAGUUUGUUUAAACUGAGCAAUGUAACAACAGGCUGACUUCUCGGAGUAGCGAGACCGUACACGGCGAUAGGGAAAGUCCUUAAACAAUAAUGUGACAAUGGUCAUACGAGCAGUGAUAAAGAAACGUGUGCCCAAGGCAAGAGUAGACAUCAAUGAAUUAAUUUAAAUCGUCCGCUGGCCGCCGCGCGUCACCCCCGUUUGACACCAGGCACGGUUGAUCCUUGUAGACUCCACCUUUGCAGGAGUGUGCUCGGCUUCCGAGUCCUCCGCUCGUGGUUAGUCGUUAGCUGCUGCUGCUGCUGGUCCUGUGCGAUGCUCGCUUGGUCGAUGCUUGGUGCUCUCCGCCCUUCCUCCAGGUCGAUUGCUUGCCGCUGCUCCUCACACUUGUCUAGGUUCCGUCUGCGUCGAUGUGUGUGUGUCGAACACCCGGUGCUCUCGCCAGCGCCGACACUCUUUCUCGGUUGCGCGGGUCACGCUCUCUCCACUGCUCUAUGCUCUCUCUCUCUUGCAGCUGCUAGAUUCACGCAGGCGUCCUGGGGUGCCUCUCCCGCCCUUCUCUUAGGAUGGCUCAAUGUAGAAUAAACUUUCAGCGAUACUCUGUCGGUCAGUGCCGAACUGAGCACUGAACAAUACAUCGUCCCUCUCCUCUGCCAGACACGACACCCAUGGUUGGUUUUGAGGCCCACUGCCAGGAGCUUGCCGCAGCAAGACUGAUGUGCGUUGUUUCUGCUUGUUAUAUUCGAAAAUCUCCCACCUCGGCUCGUCGCUUCACAAAGGACCGGAACCCACUUUGAUUUCGCUCUCAUCCUGUGGGAACAGCUGUUUGUCCCUCAGUGUGUCUGACUGGUUCCGUUUGGAAUUUUCUGCAGAAUAUCAUUAGCCCCCCCCCGCGUGCUACACCCCGAUCAAAUUAUAAAAAAAGAUAUGGGCAAAAUGACUCUUAAUAUAAAUUUGAGAAAAGGCAUAAACAGAACAGUGAUGAGUGGUCGACGAGUGUAAAUUUCAAUGUGUGUCCGUAUUUCAGAAACUCUUUAUCUUCAAUUGCUGCUCAUCAAGGGAACUCAGCCACCCAUCCAAUCAUUCACUCACUCAAAUCCUCGCUCACUCACCCACUCUACCAUUAGUACAUUCAUAAUCACACAAUGCUUAUUAUAGCGCGGGUGCUCUCACGAAGCAAGGCUCUGUUCCCAGGGGGGGGUUCGGCUUACAGUAGUUUCACAGCAGGGGGUGAUGUCGCCAAGUCCCUUCUCCCAAUUGAGUGAUUUGCAGAGACACUUUCAUAUUUGGCCAAUCUGGACCGUGACAUAGUCACUCGGUGAUCUACUCUUUUCGAUUGAGCUCAAGGGAUCUUUAACGUCCAUUAUGUAAAACCCAAACUGAAUACGAUGCGUCUUUGGUGCAGUCGUUGGUAACCGGGCUGAGACCAUCAACUCGCUGCACUUGAGAACCCAGUUCCAUGGUCGCGACUGUGUGGCUGAAACUCCGGAUUCAGGAUCUCAGUGGUGUCAGCACUGGGACUCUGACACGGCAACUAUGAGUACUCCUAAGCCACUGUCACUCAUGGAUUUAAGUGUAAUUUAUAUCAAUGCUACCUCAGUGAGUUUUACAAACAGGAAAAUACAUAAAACAUGUAAAGAAUGGGUUUCACUCACCAAAAAGUACAAGUUGGUCUUUCAGCUGCCGGGGCCUUGAUUAAUGGCAUUCUUGCAUGCACAGUGUGGGAGACAUGGCUGUGGUUCGCUAUUACAUGGGCUCAUCAGUGAGCCAAGCCCAUCCGCUGACUGCCAGGAGGUUGCUGGCCAUGAAGCCACGGCCGAUACAGGAAUCCUCUGGUCAGAUGCAGCGAUGGAAUGACGUGGAGUCGUGUGAACACUGCUCGCGAGCAUAUGUAGCUGAGACUGGUUCAGUGUUCUCAUGUCUCUUACCUGGGGAGAUUGUGAAGGUUUAAAAAGAAAAGUGGACGCAACAAAUUCCAGGUCCUGCAAGUUGACACAACCUUCAUGCACCACUCUCACAGCCUCACCACCUCCACCACCUGUCUUCAGGCUCUCUCCUUGCCACACCGUUGACCAGUUCUGUGAGGGCCCCUCUCACCACCGCCACUGCCUGGCGGCAUGAGGUCUCCUCUGCACCCUUGGUUGCUGACCCCGGGGUGCCACUCCAAUGCCCAUCUCGUUCCGCCCUGCACAUGCAAAAGGGAUUCGCUGAGUCGCAGACUGAGCGGCAAUUCACGUUGCAUGCAUCUCGAUGGUCAUUGCAGUGAGAGCUGUCGGGAAUUGUAGCCCGUCUGUGGCAUAGGUCACGUGUCCGAGCCGUUAUUCUUGCAAUUCGUUAUUGAUUUUUGGGUUAGCCCACAUAAUGCCAUGGACUAACUUUCCAUCAUAAGAUCAAACAAUAAAAAUUCUGUCUUCCUGGAUCUUGUCCUCAAGGUGCUUGGUGUAGUCAUAGUUGGCGUGUUGUUAAAUGCACCACGUGACAAGUUAAUUUGGUUAUGUCGUAUGAUGGAGGGUCACACGGCACAAAUUUGGCCAGAUUGUUCCAUGGCCUGGCCCAGAACUUGAGUCCGGACCCUCACGUUGGCUGCGUCUCGUGCAUUAUUGCCAAUCAUUUUAAUAAAUUGCGGCCUUUUUCAAUCGUGAACAUUUCUUCUAAUGAGUUUUAAUUUUUAUCAGAGUCACUUGGGUGACGUGAAGACUUGCGAUGGGGCGCUGUGUCGAGUUUAGUUUCCAUUUCCCCGAUUGUGGUGGAGUGGUUGAGAAGCGCCGAUGCAGCGACUGGGAGUUGCGUUGCUGUGACGUUGCACGCGGCCUCGCUCUAUCAAACACGCACACUGCUGCUUGUGUUAUGUCCAGCGAAAUGUUCUUAAAAUAAAGUCACGUGUAAGGUCAACCUCACAAA